AUGGGGCCCGCCUGGUGGCUGCAGGACCUGAGGUUCCUGCGUCCCCAUGGUACUCCAAGAGGAGAAGAAUGGUUGAGACCAGUGAUGAGAAAAGACAAGCAGGUGUUAGUGCACUGGGGCUUUUACCCAGACAGCUAUGAUACUUGGGUCCAUAGUAAUGAUGUUGAUGCUGAAAUUGAAGAUCCUCCAAUUCCAGAAAAGCCAUGGAAGGUUCAUGUGAAAUGGAUUUUGGACACUGAUACAUUCAAUGAGUGGAUGAAUGAGGAGGAUUAUGAAGUAGAUGAGAACAGGAAACCAGUUAGCUUUCGUCAGCGAAUUUCAACAAGGAAUGAAGAGCCAGUUAGAAGUCCAGAGAGAAGAGAUAGGAAAGCAUCAGCUAAUGCUCGAAAGAGGAAACAUUCCCCUUCUCCUCCCCCUCCCACAACCACAGAGUCACGGAAGAAGAGUGGAAAGAAAGGCCAAGCUAGUCUUUAUGGGAAGCGCAGAAGUCAAAAAGAAGAAGAUGAGCAAGAAGAUCUUACCAAGGACAUGGAAGACCCAACACCUGUACCCAAUAUAGAGGAAGUGGUACUUCCCAAAAAUGUAAACCCGAAGAAAGACAGUGAAAAUACACCUGUUAAAGGAGGAACUGUAGCAGAUUUAGAUGAGCAGGAUGAAGAAGCAGUCACAACAGGAGGAAAGGAGGAUGAAGAUCCUAGCAAAGGUGAUCAGAGUCGGUCAGUUGACUCUGGUGAAGACAAUGUGACAGAGCAGACCAAUCAUAUUAUUAUUCCCAGCUAUGCAUCAUGGUUUGACUACAACUGUAUUCAUGUGAUUGAGCGGCGUGCUCUUCCUGAGUUUUUCAAUGGAAAAAACAAAUCCAAGACUCCAGAAAUAUACUUGGCAUAUCGAAAUUUUAUGAUUGACACAUACCGUCUAAACCCCCAAGAGUAUUUAACCAGUACUGCUUGUCGGAGGAACUUGACUGGAGAUGUGUGUGCUGUGAUGAGGGUUCAUGCCUUCUUAGAGCAGUGGGGGCUUGUUAAUUACCAAGUUGAUCCAGAAAGUCGACCCAUGGCAAUGGGACCUCCUCCUACUCCUCAUUUCAAUGUAUUAGCAGAUACCCCUUCUGGGCUUGUGCCUCUGCAUCUUCGUUCGCCUCAGGUCCCAGCUGCUCAGCAGAUGUUAAAUUUUCCUGAAAAGAACAAGGAAAAACCAAUUGAUUUACAGAACUUUGGUCUUCGUACUGACAUUUACUCCAAGAAAACAUUAGCAAAGGCCUUGGAGAUGUAUAAGGAUGAUUGGAACAAAGUGUCAGAGCACGUUGGUAGUCGCACUCAAGAUGAAUGCAUUCUCCACUUUUUGAGGCUUCCCAUCGAGGACCCGUACCUUGAGAACUCGGAUGCUUCCCUUGGGCCACUGGCCUACCAGCCUGUCCCUUUCAGCCAGUCAGGAAACCCGGUCAUGAGUACUGUUGCUUUUUUGGCAUCUGUGGUAGAUCCUCGUGUGGCAUCUGCUGCAGCAAAAGCGGCUUUGGAGGAGUUUUCUCGUGUCCGGGAGGAGGUACCACUGGAACUGGUUGAAGCUCAUGUCAAGAAAGUACAAGAAGCAGCAAGAGCAUCUGGCAAGGUGGAUCCUACCUAUGGCUUGGAAAGCAGCUGUAUUGCCGGCACAGGGCCUGAUGAGCCAGAAAAGAUUGAAGGAUCUGAAGAGGAAAAGAUGGAAACAGACCCAGAUGGUCAGCAGCCUGAGAAGGGAGAAAACAAAGUGGAAAAUGAAACAGAUGAAGGCGAUAAAGCACAAGAUGGAGAAAAUGAGAAAAAUAAUGAGAAGGAGCAUGAUAGUGAAGUUAGUGAAGAUAUCAAAUCAGAAGAAAAGGAGACUGAAGAGAACAAGGAACUUACUGAUACAUGUAAAGAAAGAGAAAGUGACACUGGGAAGAAGAAAGUAGAACAUGAAAUCUCUGAAGGAAACGUUGCCACCGCCGCAGCAGCUGCUCUCGCCUCCGCCGCUACCAAAGCCAAGCAUCUGGCUGCCGUGGAGGAGAGAAAGAUCAAGUCCCUAGUAGCUCUCCUGGUUGAGACACAAAUGAAGAAACUAGAGAUCAAACUUCGACAUUUUGAAGAACUGGAAACUAUCAUGGACAGAGAGAAAGAAGCUCUGGAACAACAGAGACAGCAGUUGCUUACAGAACGCCAGAACUUCCACAUGGAACAGCUGAAAUAUGCUGAAUUACGAGCCCGACAACAAAUGGAACAGCAGCAACAUAGCCAAAAUCCUCAGCAGGCACACCAGCACCCAGGAGGACCUGGCCUUGCCCCUCUUGGAGCAGCAGGGCACCCAGGCAUGAUGCCUCAUCAGCAGCCCCCUCCUUACCCUCUGAUGCACCACCAGAUGCCACCACCUCAUCCUCCCCAGCCAGGCCAGAUACCAGGUCCAGGUUCCAUGAUGCCGGGGCAGCCCAUGCCAGGCCGCAUGAUUCCCACCAUCACAGCCAAUGUUCAUCCCACUGGAAGUGGCCCUGCCCCUCCUGGUAUGCCUCCAAUGCCCGGAAACAUCUUAGGACCCCGGGUACCCCUUGCAGCACCAAAUGGCAUGUAUCCUCCUCCACCUCAGCAGCAGCCACCACCGCCACCUGCAGAUGGGGUCCCACCGCCUCCUGCUCCAGGCCCACCAGCUUCGGCCACUCCUUAGCCUGAAAGAUGCAGGGAGCCUCCACGCCCACCACAAGCUGGAGUGGGGAUGACAGGACUUGUGUGUCUCAGAUUUCUUGGGUUUCUUUCAGGACUUUUCUUCUCACAUCCCAAGCAUGUGUCCUAAGUCUCCCGACUCCUCUUGCCACCCUCUCCAUGCUCUGACAUCUUUUGUGUUAGAUCCUCAGCUGACACUCAGUGGGGGGAGCUUGUGGUGACAGUGUGCUCUAGCCAUCCUAAAAAUAACCUCCAUCUCCCCUUUCCUGGUGUGGCAGGUGUUGGCAGUUUAUCUUCAGGUACUGUCAACAUUGGUGUUCCAUGUCUUUAUCACUUUUUCUCUCCUGAAGUUUUUUGCUUUGUCUUAUGCCUCUAUGGAUAAUCCUGUAUAAUUACUUUCUUUUUCCCUGUUGUUAUGACGAUUUCAAAGAAGAGCAUCCUAAGUUAACAGGAACCAAAAGAAAUAGUGAUAGGCAGAAAGAGAUAGCCACAGGGGACACACCUUAAGGCAUUAUAAGUGACCUUAUUCUGCUUAUCUGAGCUAAGAAUGGUGCUGCUGGUGAAGUUUCCUAAGACUUGUCAUGCAUAAAUGCACCAAAAUUAAUAGAGGGGAAGGAGGGGGUGCCCCCAUUGAUUUUAUUCCCUGGUGAGGAUUGUGGAGGCCUCCAUCCUGCCUGGCAAAACAUACCACUUUAACUAGUAACUCUAACGUGGUAGAGGAUAGCACAAACAUUAGAACAAAUCCACUUCUUCCCCAGGUCCACUGGUUUUGGUUUUCUGUGUAGAUGAUUUGCUGGAUUGGAAGUUGGUGUUUUGUUUUUCUGAGGGCAGUGUGAGCUUUGAGGGUUGGAAUUUGGGGAAGCAUUCCUUAGUUCCCUACUGGCCAGGAAAGUUAAAGGGGUCUAGGGCAGCGGGCCCUCCCCCCAUGAAUCUAGCCUACUGUUUACUUGCUUUGUAUGGAUGCUUUUUCCCCCCUCCCUCUUUAAAAAAAAAAAAGGAAAAGGAAAAAACCCUUAAAAAAAAAAAGUAA